AUGGACAGCCCGUGCCAGCCCCAGCCCUUGAGUCAGGCUCUCCCUCAGUUGCCGGGUUCGGUGUCAGAGCCCUUGGAGCCUAGCCGGGCCAGGAUGGGGGUGGAGAGUUACCUACCCUGUCCCCUGCUGUCCUACCACCGUCCAGGAGCGCCCACUGAGGCCUCGGCGGGGAGCGGGACCCCCAGAGCCACAGCUACUUCCACCACAGCCAGCCCCCUGCGGGAGGGCUUCGGUGGGCAGGAUGGCGGCGAGCUGCGGCCGCUGCAGAGUGAGGGUGCUGCGGCACUGGUCACCAAGGGGUGCCAGCGGCUGGCAGCCCAGGGCGCCCGGCCCGAGGCCCCCAAGCGGAAGUGGGCAGAGGAUGGUGGGGAUGCCCCCGCACCCAGCAAGCGGCCCUGGGCCAGGCAGGAGAACCAGGAGGCGGAGGGUGAGGGCUGCAGCAGUGGCAGUGGUGAGGCCAGCGCCGGGCUGAGGGAGGAGGUGCUGCCUGUGGCGCCUGAGCGCCUGGCCCUGGACUACAUUGUGCCCUGCAUGCGGUACUAUGGCAUCUGCGUCAAGGACAGCUUUCUGGGGGCAGCCCUGGGUGGUCAAGUGCUGGCGGAGGUAGAGGCCCUGAAGCGGGGCGGGCGCCUGCGAGACGGGCAGCUUGUGAGCCAGCGGGCUAUCCCGCCACGCAGCAUCCGUGGGGACCAGAUUGCUUGGGUGGAAGGCCAUGAGCCGGGCUGCCAAAGCAUCGGUGCCCUCAUGGCCCACGUGGAUGCCGUCAUCCGCCACUGUGCUGGGAGGCUGGGCAGCUACGUCAUCAAUGGGCGCACCAAGGCCAUGGUGGCAUGUUACCCAGGAAACGGGCUGGGGUACGUGAGACACGUUGACAAUCCCCAUGGCGACGGGCGCUGCAUCACUUGUAUCUAUUACCUGAAUCAGAACUGGGAUGUCAAGGUGCAUGGCGGCCUGCUGCAGAUAUUUCCUGAGGGCCGGCCCGUGGUAGCCAACAUUGAGCCCCUCUUCGACCGGCUGCUCAUUUUCUGGUCUGAUCGGCGGAACCCCCAUGAGGUGAAACCAGCCUAUGCCACCAGGUACGCCAUCACUGUCUGGUAUUUUGAUGCCAAGGAGCGAGCAGCAGCCAAAGACAAGUAUCAGCUAGCGUCAGGACAGAAAGGUGUCCAGGUGCCCGUGUCACAGCCGGCUACGCCCACCUAG